GGUCCCCAUCCCCAAGUCCCCAAGGUCCCCGAGAUCCCCAAGGUCCCCGUCCCUGAGGUCCCCAAGGCCGAGGUCCCCAAGGUCCCUGAGGUCCCUGUCCCCGAGAUCCCCGAGGUCCCUGUCCCCAAGGGUCCCCAUCCCCAAGUCCCCAAGGUCCCCGAGAUCCCCAAGGUCCCCAUCCCUGAGGUCCCCAAGGUCCCUGAGGUCCUUGUCCCUGAGAUCCCCGAGGUCCCUGUCCCCAAGGUCCCUGUCCCCAAGGUCCCUGUCCCCAAGGUCCCCAUCCCUGAGGUCCUUGUCCCUGAGAUCCCCGUGGUCCCUGUCCCCAAGGUCCCCGAGGUCCCCGUCCCUGAAGUCCCCAAGGUCCCUGUCCCCAAGGUCCCUGUCCCUAAGGUCCCCAAAAUCCCUGAGGGUCCCCAUCCCCAAGUCCCCAAGGUCCCCGAGAUCCCCAAGGUCCCCAUCCCUGAGGUCCCCAAGGUCCCUGAGGUCCUUGUCCCUGAGAUCCCCGAGGUCCCUGUCCCCAAGGUCCCUGUCCCCAAGGUCCCUGUCCCCAAGGUCCCCAUCCCUGAGGUCCUUGUCCCUGAGAUCCCCGUGGUCCCUGUCCCCAAGGUCCCCGAGGUCCCCGUCCCUGAAGUCCCCAAGGGUCCCCAUCCCCAAGUCCCCAAGGUCCCCGAGAUCCCCAAGGUCCCCAUCCCUGAGGUCCCCAAGGUCCCUGAGGUCCUUGUCCCUGAGAUCCCCGAGGUCCCUGUCCCCAAGGUCCCCGAGGUCCCCGUCCCUGAAGUCCCCAAGGUCCCUGUCCCCAAGGUCCCUGUCCCUAAGGUCCCCAAAAUCCCUGAGGUCCUUGUCCCUGAGAACCCGGGGGACGGGCUGGAGCCACGGCAGGGGGCGGGGCUGG